UAGAGUAGUUUAUAUAAAAUCUUUUUAAUGUUAUUAUAAUAAUACACAUAAGCAAUCAUGGAUCAGAACAAUCGGAGCACGAAUAAUUAUAUCGGAAGUUUUCACGGGGAAGACUCUAGCUAUGAUAGAGCCCGUAUGCGUAGACAAUCUGGCGGCUUCGUAGACUUGGGAAACGAGUCACAAUAUGGUACAGGUGGACAUCAAGCUUCUGGUGCUAAUGAAAUAUUUGCAGAUGUUCAAGGCGACGCGCCUUGGUGGAAAUCUAAUUUCUUUAUAUCACAACCUGUACUUUUUGGCACCUGGGAUGGUGUGUUUACAUCAUGCCUGUUAAAUAUUUUUGGAGUGAUAGUGUUUCUGCGAUCCGGUUGGAUGGUCGGACAAGCAGGCAUAAUAAACGCUAUUCUUAUUGUUGUAUUCACAGUUUUUAUAGCAUUGAUCUCAGUACUGUCAGCAAUUGGUAUUUGUGAUAGAUGUAGGAUUGAGAGCGGAGGUGUUUAUUUUCUUUUGGCUCAUACCCUUGGAUCAAGACUUGGUGGAGCUCUUGGAUUAAUAUAUUGUUUUGGACAGGCAGUUGGUUGUGCUUUAAAUGUGUUUGGUUUUGGAGAGUCAAUGGCCAACUUGGUUGGUACAGAGAACACAUGGGCUGCCCGAGGCUUUGCGGUAGCCGCAGUGCUUCUCUUGGGAACAAUUAAUGUUGCAGGAGUGAAGUGGGUUAUUAAAUUACAAUUUGCCCUGUUACUAGUUAUUCUUUUGGCUGCAUUAGACUUCUUUGUUGGAUCUUUCACAGCAACUCCAGAUGCUGAGUUUAAAGGAUGGUUAAGUGGAACAAUGGCUAACAACACUUGGGCCGACUACAAAGAAAAUUACACAUGGUUUAAAUGUUUCGGAGUGUUUUUCCCCACAAUUACUGGAAUACUGGCUGGCAUUAAUAUGAGUGGAGACUUGAAAAACCCUUCAGUUAACAUACCAAAUGGUUCACUUGCUGCAAUUGGAACUGGGACAUUCCUUUAUUUAAUGUUUGUAAUAACAUUAGCAGCCACAGUAAGCAGGGAUGCACUGUUAACCAAUUUCUCCAUUACAAGAGACAUAUCUGCAGUGACUGUGCUACUUCUGGCUGGCUUGUAUGUUGCUUCAAUGAGCUCGUGCUUAGGAGCUAUGUAUGGUACACCAAGAGUGCUACAAAGUAUUGCCAAUGAAAAGGUUGUGCCUGGACUAGAUGCCUUGGGACAUGGUAGAGGUCCAAACAAAGUGCCUAUAUACUCAAUGGUUGUAGUAGCAGUAGUGACUGUCACAUUCAUAAUAAUAGGUGACAUUAACAAGCUCGCCCCAAUCGUCACCAUGCCCUUCCUCAUCACAUACGCUAGCAUUGAUUAUUCUUAUUUUGCUCUCGCCCAAACCUUUGAUUUGCAACAUAAACGAGAAAUGAGAUUUCAAGGACAAGGUCAAAGAGACCCGCAAGUGUACGGCGCGACAGGAAGUGAUCUUGAUCUGCUAUUCCCUGAGAGGAUAAGACAUAAAAAUGUUGGGAAUUUUACUCCUUCCCCGACGGAUCCAGCAAUUAUGAACGGAAGGUUGUCUAAUGGCGACGUUAAUCCACCGACAAUCAGUGUUCAUUCCAAGAACCAAAACUGGUACUCGCAUUUUUGCAACCGUUGGCUGUCACUGGUUGGGGUGGCUAUCAAGCUUCUACUGAUGGUGCUAGUGGACUGGAUGUACGCCGUGAGCUACUUGACGAUACUGUGGCUGCUGUGGAUGUACAUCGGCGCCGCCAACCCCGCCGUCAAGCCGGGCCGAGCAUCAGAGUUCAGAUUCUUCCGCUGGCUUAAGAUAGCGUUCCUUCAAGCUAUUGGCAAACGGCCACUGGAAUACGAGCAGCUCGUGGUGACCCCGGUACACGCGGACAUUCCCGUGGAGCAAGAAAGGUUGAACGACGACAAUGAGGACUUCGCAUCGCGCCGUCGCUACCACCAGUCCACCGCAAUGCAGACACAUGUCGUCAGUGUUGACACUUAAACACGCAAGAUAUUAGCUUUUUGCAUUAAUAGUCUACAAUUCAUAAAACAUUCAAAAUUGACUUAACCCAUUAAUCCCCAAGCGGCAG